CUCAAAUCACAGAGUAGAUGAAAUUUAAUAGAAUGUUUAACCAAGUGCUUGAAGAAUAAAGAGGAGAAACUAUAUCAAGCCUUGCAGAGACUAAAAGAAGAAUUGAUGCUUUUGGGAUUUAUUUCCCUUCUUUUGGGGGCCCUCCAAGGUGCAAUAAGCCACCUUUGCAUCCCCUCUCAUUUUGCUUCUUUCAUGCUUCCAUGUGCAAGAGGUCAUAAUAUCAACCUCCAUGAACAAUUUUCUCAGCAUACCGUAUUAACAAACAGGCAGCGGCGUUUGAAUACAGAUGUUAAUGAUUCAGAACAUUGUGCGCGUCAGGGAAAGGUUCCAUUGCUAUCAAGGAAAGCAUUAGAUGACAUGCACAUAUUUGUUUUUGUAUUGGCACUUGUUCAUGUGGUCUUUUGUGCGACCACCAUGGUUCUUGGAGGAGCAAAGAUACGUCAGUGGAAGAACUGGGAGGAUGCCAUCAGGAGUAAAAUAUCACAAGAUGGGCAACUUCAGCUUCCCGACGUUCAUCAUCACCAUCACCAUCGCCAUCACCAAAUCUUCAAGCUACGUGCUGGUAGACAUUGGAGAAAGGCAGCUGUUGUAGGUUGGUUGAUAGCAUUCUUCAAACAGUUCUAUGGAUCAGUGACCGAGUCAGACUAUGUGACCCUACGGUAUGGUUUUGUACAGCUUCUCCUUCUAGUGGGUGCUAAAUUAGAGCACAUUAUUACCCGCUUGGCGAAAGAGGUUGCAGAGACAACGACAGGGGCAGUGAAACCUUCUGAUGAACAUUUCUGGUUUGGCCGACCGCGCAUUGUUCUUUACUUGAUUCACUUCAUCAUGUUUGAAAAUUCGUUUGAGAUUGCCUUCUUCUUUGGAUCUGGGGUGAUUGUUCAAGUGCUUUGCAGCUACAGCACCUUACCUUUAUAUGCUCUUGUGACACAGAUGGGUAGCAUGUAUGGAGAAGGCAUCCUUAGUGAGUCUAUGAGAAACGCAGUCAAGGAUUGGGCUGUUGAAGUAAAGAAAAGAAAAAGGCAAAAGUGGUCAUGGAAAAAGGCUUUCCGUAUACCACAAAAAUUAUCGUUGACAAGAACGAAAAAGAAUACAUCUUUCAUCACGAAUUCAAGUGAGACCCAUAAUAUGGCGAAAGAACGGUUUGAAAAUGUUCAUAUCAAAGAGUACAGUACAACUGUUGAUGAAGCAAAUAUGACGUCGGUAAUUGAGAUUUCUUGUGUCGACCAAAGUCAAGUCAUCCCUUUGGAUUGUCCAUAA